AUAAAGGCACGAAGUGCCGUAGGAAAAUUAAAUCUUGACCCUACAUCCACUUACAUCACACGGUGCAUAAUGAUUUGUUCUCCCCACCCACGAUUCCGCUGCACCAUCUCCCCACGCUCGAGACUUCCGCAUCCCCCAAAUUAAGGAACAACAAUGAAACGGUUCCGCUAGAUCAGCCCCUUCCGAGCGAGUUCACCACAUCUCGAAGAAUCCCGCCGCCACGCUCCAUCCGUCCUCUUUCUCUUCCGCCGCCACCAAAGUCCUGACCACCUUAAUUGUCGACAGCCCACACGCUUCCUCCGCGCCGACGUAUGCGCCUCCUCCGCAGUGCCGGCCCAGUUGAAGGCAGUAGUGGCGGAGACCUCACGGCGUGUCGCCACCUCUGGGGAGGGAGGGUUGGGGGAUCUGAAAUACUGUUAUAAUGGAAUCGUGGUAUGCCUUCCUGCCCCCGUCCUGUGUCGGAUUUGGCCAAGAGAAGGCGAACAGCGCUCCCCUGACUGGCUGACUCUACUCUCAUGGCCUUUCUCGCCCCGGACAUGGAGCAGCCAGCCAGAGUAUCCGGCGCUGCCGAUCGGCCGCCGCGCUCGGACCAAGGAGAUGUACCCAGGUCGUUGGCGCACGCAUCACAAGUCGCAACAUCUGCGGUUGCCUGCCGCCGAUUUUAUUUAUGCUUGCAUCAGGUAUGCUUCCAACGGCAGAAGGCUCAGCAACUCUUCAUUCCUGCCCGUCAUCUCUCAUCCAGGCUGCAGAGAUAUGUAGAAGUGCUGAAACAGCCCCCUUGGUCGAUGCCUGACGCGGCUAAUCCACGGGGAAGGCUGGGACCAUGGCCGCCCCUAUCCCUCCGCGCGUGGCACGCCGCUGAGCCUUAUGCCGGUCCAGAAUCGCUGCUCUUGCCUGAGCGGUUCCUUCGCCAAUACUAAGACGGUCCUCUGUUCGGAUUCUACUUGCUUCUGUAAAGUAAGGCAGUUCUGCUUCAUGCUGCAAUUCAAUGAAAAACAUAUGUUCAAGAAGUCAAGCACGUAAUCAGGCAUUUAGGAGAGAACCCCCAAUUAUUAUUAUUAUCAGCAUGCUGCCAAGAUUAUAGACCUCGCAAAACAAGGCAAGCAAUUUUUUCUUUCUUGCUCGUGCUUAACUUAAUGUACACUAUUACAGAUAGCAAACGUGGAGUGAGUUCGUUACUCCAUCUUUUAUCCUUAUUAGUGGAAAGCUCAAUGAAGUGUGUCCAGCCGGUACAAUUUUUUUUAGCCGCAACAUUUUUACCCAUCGUUUAUCAUUAUUGUGGAAAACUGAAUUAAGUUUGUACGGGCGGUACACUGCAACAUCUUGACCAAUCAUUUAUUCUUAUUGUGGAAAACUGAAUAAAGUGUGUACAAACAGAGCAAAUUUUAUAGCUGCAACAUUUUGACCCUUCUACUUCUUAUUUUAAUAAGGGUGCAAGAUUACACACGAGGGAAGCGGUGCUUGUGGUUUGCAGAAAAUACAGUUAUGAAUAUUAUUUUGAUACAGGUUGUACUCCAAAGUGUCUGUGGUGUAAUGGUUUCAGAGUAUCAGUAGAGAUGACAUGACUUAUGGAUUAAGCAUGACUUCUCUGCCUACUCAACUACCCGUGAGUGCUCAACUAUUUUGAUAUGUACAUUUACAUUUAAAAUUCUACUGCAAGCUGAUAUAUAGCUUUCUUUUUAUAUAUGGUGAAUACAUUUUUGUGUC